CAAAUUAGCAUUGGUUGCCAGGAUUAGUCAGGUGCAGUGUCGGCUAUGGCAUGUGUUGAGAAAAGUCUCACUGACAUCAUAGCUACGGUUUCGUUUUGCUCAGGCUUCAGGUUAACGUUAAAUGUGUAGUGAGAUAACAGAGCAUUAGCUUCCUUUCGUACCCGUAUCAUAUCGGAAUCAAACGUUGGUGGAUUUCUUUGAAUGAGCAAGUGGCAUCUAUGGCUUCCAUGAAUAAUCGCUAAUUCGUUCUCUCGUCUUUAUAAUUUUACUGCCAGUAUUUUUCAUGGCAAAUGGAAAGAUAAGUAACAUUCAUGUUUGUUAAUGUCAGCGUUAGCUACUUCCCUAACAAUUGCCUGGAGUCGGAAAGGCCUAUUUAGCUUGCUCAUCCCCGCCUUUCUCGUGUACUGCAACACCGGAAAUCUCUCCUUAUUUUCGGGGUAAGGAUCGGGUGUUGACUCCGGUUAACUCCGAUUCAACAACCUAGUGGUAUUUUCGGGACUGACAAAGGGAAAAGGGGGCUUUGGUGGCCAUCCCUAGAGCCCUGUGUACAAUUGGACCCUCUGCUAUAAAGGUCUGCUGGGUGUGAACCCGCAACAGAAGUGUGUCCUGUCCUGCUGGGACUCAUUGGAGGAUGCUUGUCAACUUUACUGGUACUGUGCCUCUCUGCUCGGCCGAUCACCGCCUCCAGUAGCACCAUGAGUGGUAGCCCGGGCAGGAUCGACUGCAGACGCCUCCUUAAAUCCUCCAAAUGAUAUGAUAGUAGCCACCUGGAUUGCAUUCUGUGCCAGCAGAAGCCUUGCGCGGGUUCUGCGACUCACCGUAGAACAGCUGCACACGCUACAGUUUUGGCAGACCCUCGGGGCCACCGGAACCAUGGGGAACAGCUGUGUAUGCAGAGAGGACAGUGACGUGGAGGACGCAUCCGCGCCCCGGGGGCGGCUGAGGCGCGGCGACCACACCACCGUAGAGACGACGGAUGCCCGGGGCAGCCGCCCACGGGACCCGGUUAGGCCGCCCAGACGUGGCCGAGGUCCACAUGAGCCUCGACGAAAAAAGCAAAACGUUGACGGCUUAGUACUUGAUACAUUAGCCGUUAUUAGGACUCUGGUUGACAAUGACCAGGAGCCACCGUACUCCAUGAUCACACUACACGAGAUGGCAGAGACCGAUGACGGCUGGCUGGAGGUGGUCCAGUCUCUGAUCCGGGUCAUUCCUCUGGACGACCCACUGGGGCCUGCUGUGAUCACGCUGCUGUUGGACGAGUGCCCUCUGCCAACCAAAGAUGCUUUGCAGAAGCUGUCAGAGAUGCUGAGCUUGAGCUCAGCUGUGGCGCGUCAGGAUGCACUCAUCCCUGCCAAACACCGCAACACCACCGCUGUGCUGGGCUGCCUGGCCGAGAAACUCGCCGGCCCCGCCAGUAUAGGCCUCCUCAGCCCUGGAACCCUGGAGUACUUAUUGGAGAGUCUGAGCUCAGAAGCACAUCCCACUGUUAUGCUCUUUGCUUUGAUCGCGUUGGAGAAGUUCUCCCAGACAAGUGAAAACAAGCUCACGGUGUCAGAGUCGUGCAUCAGUGAUCGUCUGGCGGUACUGGAGUCAUGGGCGGAUCACUUGGACUACCUGAAGCGGCAGGUCGGAUUCUGUUCCCAGUGGAGUCUGGACAACCUGUUCCUGAAAGAGGGUCGUCAGUUUACAUACGAGAAGGUCAACCUGAGCAACAUCAACGCCAUGCUGAACAGCAACGACGUCAGCGAGUAUCUGAAGAUCUCGCCCAGCGGUCUGGAGGCUCGCUGUGAUGCCUCCUCUUUCGAGAGCGUCCGCUGCACGUUCUGCGUGGACUCUGGCAUCUGGUACUACGAGGUCACGGUCAUCACCUCUGGGGUCAUGCAGAUCGGCUGGGCCACCAAGGACAGCAAGUUCCUCAACCACGAGGGCUAUGGGAUUGGGGAUGACGAGUACUCGUGUGCUUAUGAUGGCUGCAGGCAGCUGAUCUGGUACAACGCUCGCAGCAAACCUCACUCCCACCCCUGCUGGAAAGAAGGUGAUGCCAUAGGCUUUCUCUUAGACCUCAAUAAGAAGCAGAUGAUCUUCUAUCUAAAUGGACAUCAGCUUCCCCCAGAGAAGCAAGUGUUUUCAUCAGCCACGUCGGGCUUCUUUGCCGCGGCGAGCUUCAUGUCUUAUCAACAGUGUGAGUUCAACUUUGGGGCCAAGCCGUUCCGCUACCCCCCAUCUGUCAAGUUCAGCACCUUUAAUGACUUCGCCUCUCUGGCAUCAGAUGAGAAAAUCAUCUUGCCAAGACACAGACGCCUGGCCCUGUUGAAGCAAGUGAGCAUCCGAGACAACUGCUGUACCCUGUGCUGUGAUCAGAUGGCUGACACAGAGCUCAGACCCUGCGGACACAGUGGGAUUUGCAUGGAGUGUGCCUUACAGCUGGAGACGUGCCCCCUGUGUCGCCAAGACAUCCAGACGCGUGUCAGACUCAUCUCCCACGUGUCCUGACACCACCGCCCCUCCCUCGCCGCCCUCUCCCCACCCACACAAUCUCACUGAGGGACACGGGGACUCGGACAUUCCCCCGCCUCCAUUCGAAACAGUCCCCGCUGUCCAACAGAAGACACACACCUGACCAACGGAAUCAUGAUUUGAGGGUUGGACACUCACCGGUCGGUCGGCCCACAGAAAAGAGAGAGAGAGAGAGAGAGAGAGAGAGAAAAAGAAGAGCAGAAGAAGAGGAAGGUGGAGGAAGAGGAGGGGGAGGGGUAGACUGACAUCUUCCCCUGAGAGCACUGCACAGAGGUGCAGAUUUGCUGUCUGUCUAUGAGUGUGUUUGUGAGAGAGUGUGUGUGUGUGUGUGUGUGUGUGUGUGUGUGUGUGUGUGUGUGUGUGUGUGUGUGUGUGUGUGUGUGUGUGUGUGUGUGUGUGUGUGUGUGUGUGUGUGUGUGUGUGUGUGUGUGUGUGUGUGUGUGUGUUUGUGCCAUUGUCAGACACAGAGAAAGAGGGGUGAGGAGCUUCUGUGUGGAGACAGAAAAGCAUUUGUAGAAACAUGCCAUAAAACUUCAUGCGAUUCAUACACAGCAGCAUUCUACACUUGGAUUGGCCUUCUGCUCUUGACUCCCCCAACCCCUUUGGAGGAGAAUAUACUCCCAAGACUCUCUGCUCAGUGUGUCCUACGUAUCUCUGCGUAAAGAUGUGUUCAUUGUAUCUGUGAUCUCUCAUGUUUCAAUUCCAACUCGACACAAAGGCACAACAGCAAAAAAAAAAACACAAAAAAAAGAGCUUCGUUACCUGUUUUUAUUUUCGUGAUGUCAAUGCCUGACUCCUGAGAGGUGCGUAGGCUGGGUCCAGCUUCGUCUCUCCCUACUCUUCUGUACUUGAAACGGUUCUGGAUAAACUCCCUACAUCCUGAAUGAGAUGUGUUAAAAAAAAAAGAGAGAGAGAGAGAGAGAGAGAAUCAUAAUUGUGAAGAAACUGUGAGUGAAAUGGUAUAUAUUUGUGCAAACAAGAAAUGCAAAAAAGCAGAAUCUGCAUUUAAUAAUAAUGCCUAAUCAUGAAGGGUAAUAAGUUAAUAAUCAAAUUUGUAGAGGUUCAAAUUUGGAAAAUGAGGAUGCCCAGGAUGAAAAGUUACCCAGAUGUUCAGAAAUCCCCAGAAGGGGUUUUGGGCAUGAUGUGCUUUUGGCCAAAUAGUUUUGGCUGCUAAGAUAUUUGUUUGGGGUUGUUGGGUAGCCAUGUUUAAAGAGCCACGGAUGUAUCCUGGGGUUCCAAAGAUCAUUUAAUGACAUACAAAUCAUUUUUUCUGGAUUGUGAUGUUUGUAAUAAACGUCUGUUUAUGUGUUGCAUAA